UUCGGACUGACGUGGCGGUUUUGUUGAUCGGUUGCCAAGGCGCGAGGAUACGACUGGCGUUCGGGCCCCGCCCCCUUUUCUUGUUGCUUGGCAAUGCAAACUGCCGCUACUGGCGACCUGGCAGUUGAGGAGAGUUCAGAGACUGCCGCUAUAGUCUUGGACCUAACCUGGGAGCUUCACAACUGGGACUCCUUGAUGAGAAAGAUGUAUAAGGUAGAUCUGCCACCAGAUCCCAAGGAGGUGGCAGCCAUCGAAGCUAGAAGAAAUCGAGAAAAGGAGCGACAGAGUCGAUUCUUCAAUGUGCGGACCAGAGUCAUGGGGGUGGAUGUUGAAGCCCUGAACAACCAGGUGGAAGAACGAAAGCUUCAGGAGGCAACAGAACGGAGCAAGGAGGCAGCUUAUGGUACCAACCAGGUGCAAUAUGAUAUGGUGGUUCAGAUGCUAGAGAAGGAACAGGCAGAACGGACACGUCGGCUGGCCAAGAAAGUCCAAAACUUUAGAGAACAGAGGCAGCAACUCAAGAAGAGGCGUGAAUUUGACUUCUGGGAUUCAGACCGACACUGGAGGGAGUUUCCAGCUUAUGUUGGUGACAAUGCUCCCUACUAUGGCCCAGUCAGCCUGCAGUACUUCUCUGGGGAAGAUCUGGAGAGGGCUGCAUGUCUGAGAAUGCAGCAGGAGCAGUUCCAAUACAGCCUGGAGAGGCAGCUACAAGAGCAACAGCAAGCCAGAGUUGAUGAGAACUGUGCAGACAUGCUCGAUGAGCAGCUACGCCUAGCUAUGGACAUGCGGGCCGCCCAACUGGCCAAGCUGGAGGAGUCCUGCCGCAUAGCCAUGAUGGCUGCCACGGCCAAUGCCAACAAAGCCCAGGCAGCUGAGCUGGCUGAGCGGCAGCGCCGUGAGCAUCAGCGCCAACAGGAGGCGAACCUCGUGGAAGUCCAGAACCAGAUCACAAGUGACCUACUGACUGAGAACCCCCAGGUUGCCCAAAACCCCGUGGCUCCCCACAGGGUCUUGCCCUAUUGCUGGAAGGGCAUGACUCCAGAGCAGAGAGCCACCAUCAGGAAAGUACAGGAGACACAACGCCACGAAAAGGAAGCACAGCGCCAAGCUGAACAAACACUGGAUGCCAGAUGGGAAAGCCAGACCGUGAACUUGGCCCAGGCAGCAAUGGAGCUAGAAGAACAGGAGAGGGAGCUGUGUGCUGAAUUUCGGAGGGGACUGGGCUCCUUCAACCAGCAGCUGGCUAAGGAGCAAAAAGCCCAGCAGAAUUAUCUGAAUUCAAUAAUCUAUACCAAUCAACCUACAGCCCAAUAUCAUCUGCAAUUUAACACCAACAGCCGCUGAGCUCAGGAUGGUCCUCUCCCACCUCCAGCAUCAAGCUCACAGAAGCUAACAGAAAAAUGCUGCAGACCCCCCCCCCCCAAUCCAUUUCCCAGUGGGAGAGAGCUAAGCCAGUACCCCACCUCUGACCCUGGGUAAUAAAGUUGUUCAUUAAAAUCAAGGUUACAUGUUGUAAUAGGACACAAAAGGUGUACGGUACUGCCAUUCCCACCCCACCCAUGGGUUCUGAGCAUCCAACCCUGUCAGUCUUCACCCAUUCACAUUUAUUCCCCAUGCCAGCUCCCCCAGCACACAGUGCUGCU